AUGGCCGCAAACAACAAAUCAGGGCAGGCUGCCCUCGCAACCGCCAUCAAUUCGUUGACUCCUGCUCAAUUGAGUGCCUUGACAGCCUCGGUUGCAGCAGUUGUUGGUGCAAACCCAUUGCCUGUCACCGCUGGGGCCAUGGCCACAGGAGUCAACCUUCCUCAGGCCGCAGCUGCACCUACUCCUCCCAUCAACAACCCUCGAAAUACUGCACGCCGUGGUCGAGCUGCUGCUUCGAGGAAGAAACCUCUCAAUGGAUUCAUGACAUUCCGAUCAUACUACAGUACCCUCUUCGCAGGACUCACCCAGAAGGACAAAUCUGGCCUCAUUCGUGUGAUGUGGGGUGCGGAUCUCAAGAAGCCGAUGUGGACACUUCUCGGAUAUGCGUACUCCGACCUCAGAGACCAUCAUGACGAAUCUUUGGCCAUUGACAAGUUUCUUGCUGCCACUGUACCGUUGCUGCCCAUCGUCCCAGCUGAUCAGUACUUGUCCAAGAUGGGAUGGGAGCUUACGAAGAACAAUGCCGGGGAGCUAACGCUCGCUCGAAACAACACAUUCGGUGCAGAUAACCUGUACGCAGAGUACCCAGCCCGUACCAGCAUGUCCAUGGCAGAUAUCAUCAAUCACUGCUACGAAGGAGGCUUGUUGAACAGAAACAUUCGCCGUGCCACCCCACCCCCUCGCCCUGCCCAGGCAACUCAGGCUCCUCAGGGAAACAACAAUGCAAAUGCACCACCACCUCCAUCAUGUGGUGGUUCUUUGGUCCUCGCCGUCACACCUCAACAAGUCAACGUAGCUGUGCCGAAUGCAAGCACUCCGACCGCGACUGCAACCGCGACUUUAACUGCAACUCCAACCGCGACUUCAAGUGCGUCUCCUGCCAACAGUGUCAUGGUCUCCCGGACUGCGUCGGGUUCUGAGACACAGGAAGAACUAGGUUCCGAAGGCUCCAGAUCUGAAGAGCAAGGAGACAUUGGAGAGCUCACUGUCGACGACAUCACCAGUACCCCGGCCUACCUGUCCAUCCAGCACGUCACCGCAGAUCAGCAAGCCGCAUUCGAAAGCAACGCUCUGGCUCUGCACUUCCAUCCCCGCAUCCAGCCCCCCAUCCUCGGUUUCGAUCCUCGCGUCAUCCAGGACGACUUCGACCCAUUCGACUUGGACCUGAGCGGCCUUGUCGACUGGGAAGCAUGA